UCAGCUCUAUCUUUUUUUAUUUGUAUCGUAUGUCUAAUAAAAGUUGUGUUUCUCGAAUGUUACUACUACAUUAAACUUCAAAAACUUAAAACAUGGUUGGUUAGUUUGGGGUUUGGUCGGAGAAUUGGCUCUUUAAUCCACGAAGUCAAAGUUGCUCACUUUCACUAUAAAGUCGCGACCUUUAUUUAUUUGUUUACAGUGGCUACUUCUUCUUCUUGUUCCCUUCGCUCGAUUCUAUUCUCAUCGUCCACCAGCCUCCUCCGUUCUAAUUAUUCUCUCCCCAAGAAUCACCUCACUUGCUCUCCUCCUCCUUCUUCUACUGCGUCUCGUUUUGAAUCCUUCUCUGUUUCAUCGAUCGGAACUGGAUCUACUAGCCGGAGACUAUCUCAUACUCGGAGAAAGGUACUGGAGGUGAGAAGCAUGGCUACGACGGCGGAGGAGAAGAAGAAAAGAGUUGAGAUUUAUGAUCUCGAGGAGAAUUUGGCGGUUGAUUUGGCUAAAUUCACAGCUGAUCUCUCCGAUAAGUUUUGUAAAGAGAGAGGCGCUUUCACUGUCGUUGUCUCUGGUGGCUCUCUCAUCAAAUCGCUCCGGAAGCUAGUUGAAUCUCCUUAUGCUGAUUCCAUCGAUUGGGCGAGGUGGCAUUUCUUUUGGGUUGACGAGAGGGUUGUGCCAAAGGAUCACGACGACAGCAACUACAAGCUAGCUUAUGAUGGUUUUCUAUCCAAGGUUCCAAUUCCAGCUGGAAACGUAUAUGCAAUCAACGAAUCACUAUCUGCCGAGGCUGCAGCGGAUGAUUACGAGACCUGUCUCAAACAUUUGGUGAAGACUAAUAUCCUCGGCGUAUCUGAAACAACCGGCUUCCCCAAAUUUGAUCUCAUGCUUCUCGGUAUGGGACCUGAUGGCCACGUAGCAUCCUUAUUCCCUGGACAUGGUCUCUGCAACGAGAACAAGAAAUGGGUAGUUUCAAUCACCGAUUCUCCAAAACCGCCGUCUGAAAGAAUCACCUUCACGUUCCCGGUCAUCAACUCCUCUGCACAUGUAGCUCUAGUCGUUUGCGGUUCUGGCAAAGCUGAAGCUGUGCAGGCAGCUCUGAAGAAGACUGGGACUGUCCCACCUGCGGGUUCUGUUUCUGCUGAAGAGGAGCUGGUUUGGUUUCUUGAUAAACCAGCAUCUUCCAAGCUCUAAGUCGCAAUGUUUUUCCAUUUCAUUUCGCUUACCAAUGUGACUACUCCUCCAGUUUGGUUUUUUUGGAUUGUUAGGUCGAGUGGUUUAACUCGCGGACUCUCUCCAUUUGGGAAGAGAUUGUUGUAAUAAAAGCGUACUUUGACAUGAGAAAUAAUGAAUCAAAUCAAAAUAUAUCAGAACCAACAUUCUCUA